AUGGGUAAGUCUAUAGAGCUGGCGAAGAUUCUCCAGAAGGGAAGGGCUAAUAUAGCGUGCGUGCAGGAGACUAGGUGGGUAGGAUCGAAGGCGAGAAAUGUAAACGGGUAUAAAUUGUGGUUCUCCGGAGUCGUGAAGGGCAAGGACGGAGUGGGCAUUUUGGUGGAUAGGGAGCUUAGAGAGUCGGUGGUAGAGGUUAGACGAGUGAAUGACAGAUUGAUGGCGAUUAAGGUUAAGAGGCGCUUCUGGGAGGCACUAUAUGAGGUGGUGCGGGGUAUUCUGCCCAAGGAGAAGGUAUUCAUAGGAGGGGAUUUCAAUGGUCAUAUUGGGCCGUCUACUGGUGGCUAUGGUGAGGUGCACGGUGGCUUCGACUUUGGUGAUAGGAACGGGAGUAGUACCUCACUAUUGGAUUUCGUUAGAGCUUUUGAGUUGGUGAUAGUGAACUCUAUGUUUCCGAAGAGGGAGGAACAUUUGAUUACUUUCCGGAGUAUGGUGGCUAAGACUCAGAUUGACUAUCUCCUCUUCAGGAGGGUGACAGAGGGUUGUGCGAGGAUUGCAAGGUGA